GUCCCAGCAGGCGGAGCACACCAAGCGGCGCUUCCCAUUAGUCCACGCACGCGAACGGCAUCCCCGGGAGGAAAAAGAACCCGGAUGUCGGAGCCAGUUAGGAAAAGAGGGACCGUGCUGGAACGUCCUAGGCUCUCAAAAGAGAGGCCUCCCGAAGUGCUCCACCCACCUCCCCGGCGCCAAGUGGCGUCUACACUCGCGGGAACCCACCACCUGAGCCGUCGCUCCCGCCGACAGCGCCCGCCAAGCUACGCUGCACAGACACACAGCUUUCUAUCUUCCCUGGCUCCCGCUUCUCUCUUCCGCGAGCUAAUCACGGCGCGCAAACUCGGUCUCAAUGUGCAGGCCUGAAUAUCUCUCAUCCAGUUCUUUUAAAAACUGAAAAUCUCCAUCCUUGAGAGAUUUGGGAGGAUCCUCCUUCUCAUUCUUUCUGAAGACCCCAAAUGACUUCUCCAUGCUCUUUCCCCCUAAAACCCACAAUCCCCCCAAUAAUUCAUGAGACUCAAGACACCAACAUUUCACCUCCUUUAUCUCCAAAUCCCCCGGACUUAGCUUUGCCAUCCUGUCCUUGUAGUCUCCAGGCUUCUGUUCCAUCCUUACCCCCUCCCCCACCCCCUCCUCCCCCUCUACCCUCUACUGUGGAGGCUGUUCUCCCUAAUGUCUAUGGCCUGAAGAACAGCCAGCUCCUGAAGGAGGCCUUGGAGAAGGCUGGCCCAGCUCCCAAAGGCAAACAUGAUGUGAAGAGACUCCUCAAGCUGCACCAGGACCGGUUUCGAAGUGAUCUGCAGUGGAUCCUCUUUUGUGCUGACCUGCCAUCACUCAUCCAGGAAGGCCCUCAGUGUGGACUGGUGGCCCUGUGGAUGGCAGGAGCUCUUCUGUCAACACCUGGCAGUGUCUCUCUGGAAAGACUAGUGCAGGUGGCCAAGGAGAGGGGCUACACAGCACAGGGAGAAAUGUUCUCUGUGGCUGACAUGGCCAAACUGGCCCAGGAGACUUUGGGCUGCCAGGCUGAGCUCCUGUGUGGUGGUCUGGGUGGUCCCAACAGAGAUCGAGUUCUACAGCACCUCAUGGCCGGACAUCCCCUGCUCAUCCCCUAUGAUGAGGACUUCAACCAUGAGCCGUGUCAAAAGAAAGGCCAUAAGGCCCACUGGGCAGUGAGUGCAGGGGUCCUGAUAGGUGUGCAGAAUGUGCCAAGCCCUGGCUACAUUGAAGACUCUGAGUUGCCAGGCCUCUUCCACCCAGUGCCUGGUGCACCCCACCAACCACCAUCCUUCCCAGAGGAAAGCUCCCCAGGUGCCAUCUUCCUUCUCUCCAAGCAGGGCAAGAGUUGGCAUUACCAGCUGUGGGACUACAGUCAAGUCCGGGAUAGCAACCUGCAGCUGACAGACUUCGCACCUGCAAGGGCUGCCGAUGGACGGGUAUACGUGGUACCUGCUGGUGGGGUAAAGGCUGGCCUCUGUGGCCAGGCCCUGCUGCUCAGACCACAGGAGGGAAGCCAUUAGCUGGGGCUGGGACACCUGCCUUGAACUUAACUCCAUCAACAUUAGAAUGCUUGGGCUUCGUCCCCUAAUGUGACAUUUUCAGUCAAUUAGUUUCAUUUGAUGAUAGUAUCUUGAAGACUGCCUGCCCAGAAAUCUUUUACUAGAUCACCCCAUAUAUAGAGUCACAAGCUUGACCACUGUCCAAAGUCUAAACUAAUUACCUCCAGGAUCAAGCAUUCCUUUGGCUAAGGGAGACUUGUUUUUGUGGAGGACUUUUGUUUUUUAAAGCAUUAUCUCUGCCUUGCAGGUGGUAGCACAUACUUCUAAACCCAGCACUAGGAAGGUACAGAGCAGUUCUCAACCGGUGGGUCACGGUCAUGCAGCUGGAUGUUUACUACUCUGUUGUUCCUUCCGCCUUUCUGCUCCUAAAGGCAGAUCAGAGAGAAAAGGAUAGAGGGGAACGGGCUGGCAUUGUCCUUCAACUACUUACUGCUGAUUAGGGCUGUCAAGUUCCUUGGCACAAGUUUGAUCUUUGCUGUCUGGAUAUCUAAUGUCUUCCCUUUUUUUCACCCUUAAGAUUUAUUUAUUUAUUUUGUGUAUAUGAGUACACUGUAGCUGUCUUCUUCAGACAUAUCAGAAGAGGGCAUCGGAUCCCAUUACACAUGGUUGUGAGCCACCAUGUGGUUGCUGGGAAUUGAACUCAGGACCUCUGGAAGAGCAGCGCUCUUAAGCACUGGCCCAUCUCUCCAGCCCCCCUAAUUUCUUCUUGUUUAUUCUUUGCACACUACUACUUAACAAACCACAACCAACAGCCCUCAACUCUCAGGGCCCUAGACAUUUAUAUAACUUCUGAAAAGUCCCCAGAAUUCUUUUUUCUUUUUUUUUAAUGUAUGUGAGUACAUUCUGAUGUGUUGCUGUCUUCAAACACAUCAAAAGAGUGCAUCUUAUUCUAUUACAGAUGGUUGUGAGCCACCAUGUGGUUGCUGGGAAUUGAACUCAGGACCUCUGGAAGAGCAGUCAGUGCUCUUAACCACUGAGCCAUUUCUCCAGCCCCCUAAAAUUCCAAAGGUCAUAGUCUCAGAAACUAUUUGCAGAUGGCAGAAUCACACCCCUGUUACAGCACAAGGCAAAUCAUAGCGGCUGUGGACAAUCUGAAGCAGCCCCAUAUCCCACACCUGACUUUAAAAUGAAAACAUAUUCCCAUAAUAUUUCUGUGUUUUUCAAAGAAACCAAAAUUCUCAAUACAGAGUCAUGACCCCUUUGGGUAUCAAAAGACGCUUUCACAGGGAUUGUCUAAGACCAUCAGAGAAAAUAUAUUUACUUUAUGAUUCAUAAUAGUAGCAAGAUUAUAGUUAUGAAGUAAUGAUGAAAAUAAUUUUAUGGUUUGGGGUCACCACAGCAUGAAGAACUAUAUUAAAGGGUUGCAGCAUUAGGAAGGUUGAGAACCACUGAGGUAGAGGUAGCAGAUCUCUGAGUUUGGAACCAGCCUGCUCUACAUAGCAACCACUAGGCCAGCCAGGGCUACAUAGUGAGAACCUGUCUCAAAAGCAAAACAGCAGUCUUAUACUAUGUAGCCCUGGAUGACCUAGAACUCCCUAUGUAGUAGACCAGGUUGGCCUCAACCUCAGAGACCUGCCUAUCUCUGCUUCCUGUGUACUGAGAUUAAAGGCAUGUUCCUACAUGCCUAGCCUAGAAGGCUCUUGGUAAUAACUCGGACCCUAGUCAUGACCCUCCCACCUGAAUGUGACAUCCAUUGGUCCUUCUUUGGGGGCAUUUUAAAAGACACUGUCAGUUCACCGAGCAUCUUCAAGAGCCUGGACUCCCUGCUUGAACCCAUCCCCAAGUUUGUUCACAGAACAGGAAUUAGCCCAACUUUCUUCUCCUUGAAACACUCAAACUAUUGCUCAUGUACCUGACAGCUGUGAUGGCCUUUCGGAUACUGAGACUGUCGGUGCCAGUGACAGCCUUGAGCUGAAUAUGGUGAUCAUGCUCCUUGAGCUGGCAAGAUGGCUUAAUGGGUAAAGGUGCUUGCCGAGCCUGAUGACCCAGGGCCCCAUGUGGCAGAACAAGAACCAAUUCCCACAGGUGGCCCUCACCUCCGUGUGCUUGCUGUGGUACAUUCACAUUCACAAAAAUUCAAAUGUAAUAAAUUGUUUAACCUUA